CGCCGAGAGUCUGGUAAUACGUCUUGUCUGCGGUGGUUGAGCAGCUGGACUCUAUGGUGGCUGCCAUUCCUAUAGGCGCUGGCCGCUAAGUCUAUGGUGCAAGUGGGCUAGAGCGGCUCUUCCCGCGGAGCCCUGUGGGCCGGUUAUGGCGGCGCUAAGGGAGUCGGUUUACGGUCGCUGAGGCAACUGCAAACAGGCCCCAUGGGUGCCCGCCGCGGCCCGGCAGCCCGGCCCUGUGCGGCGUGGUAGCGGCUGGCGGCGAUGGCCGAGGUGAGCGAGGAGUCGUUGCACCGGCUGGCGGGGACGAGCGCGGACGCCGAGGCCGGCGGGCUGGUACUGCGGAGGCGGAGCGCCGCCGCCGAACAGCACGUCUUCAAGGCGCCGGCCCCGCGGGCUUCCUUGCUGGGCCUGGACGUGUUGGCUGCCCAGAAGCGGCGGGAGCGCGAGGAGGAGGCGGCCGGUGGGAAGCGGUCCCGGGUCUCCUCCUACAAGGACUGGGAGGAGGGCCGUGACGAGGCGGGCAGCCCAGAGGAGGAGGAGGAGGAGGACGAGGAGACCGAUCGGAGCAGCCGGAGUGCUCACAAGGACAGGCAUUACCGUUCUGUCCAUGUGGAAACACCUUCCUACACAGGGGGUGUCAGUGAGGAGUUUUGGGAACGCAGCCGGCAGCGGGAAAGGGAGCGUCGGGAACAUGGUGUCUUUGCCUCCUCCAAGGAGGAGAAGGAACGAAAGAAGGAACGCAGUAGGGAUCGGGACCAUGAUCGUAAACGGGACCGCGAGGAGCGGGACAGAAGUCGUCACAGCAGCAGAUCAGAGAGAGAUGGCUCAUCGGAGCGGAGCAGCAGGAGGAGUGAACCGGAGAGUCCCAGACAUCGUCCCAAAGAUGCAGCCACACCGUCUCGCUCCAGCUGGGAGGAAGAUGACAGUGGCUACAGCAGCGCACGCCGCUCACAGUGGGAAUCUCCCUCACCAACGCCUUCCUAUCGAGACUCAGAGCGCAGCCACCGGGCAUCAUCAUGGCGGGACACGGAACGAAGAGACCGGGACAGGUCUGUGAGGAGCAGGUACUUGGAUAAGACGCCAUUGCCCACCCCCUCAUACAAAUACAAUGAGUGGGCUGAUGACCGGAGACACCUAGGGGCCACGCCGCGGCUGUCCAGAGGCAGAGCAGCAGGGCCGGUGCCUGGACUGAGCAGCUCACCCCUUCCAGGGCGGCGUGCCGACGGGGAGGAGGGCAUUGCCUUUGAGACAGAGGAGGAGCGGCAGCAGUGGGAGGACGACCAGCGGCAAGCUGACCGGGACUGGUACAUGAUGGAUGAGGGCUACGAUGAGUUUCACAACCCUUUGGCCUACUCAUCCGAGGAGUAUGUGAAGAAGCGGGAGCAGCACCUGCACAAGCAGAGGCAGAAGCGCAUCUCGGCACAACGGCGGCAGAUCAACGAGGAUAAUGAGCGCUGGGAGACAAACCGCAUGCUGACCAGUGGUGUGGUUCAUCGGAUUGAGGUAGACGAAGAUUUUGAGGAAGAUAACUCUGCUAAAGUGCAUCUAUUGGUGCAUAACCUAGUGCCCCCUUUCCUAGACGGAAGGAUUGUCUUCACCAAGCAGCCAGAGCCAGUCAUCCCUGUCAAGGAUGCCACCUCAGAUUUGGCCAUCAUAGCCCGGAAAGGCAGCCAACUGGUGCGCAAGCACAGGGAGCAAAAAGAGCGUAAGAGGGCUCAGCAUAAGCACUGGGAGCUGGCAGGCACAAAACUAGGAGACAUUAUGGGGAUCAAGAAAGAGGAGGAGAAGGAUGAGAUGGUGACAGAAGAUGGCAAAGUGGAUUACAGGACUGAGCAGAAGUUUGCUGAACACAUGAAAGAAAAGAGUGAAGCCAGCAGUGAGUUUGCCAAGAAGAAAUCAAUCCUGGAGCAGAGACAGUAUCUGCCCAUUUUUGCUGUGCAGCAGGAGCUGCUCUCCAUCCUCAGAGACAACAGCAUUGUGAUUGUGGUGGGGGAGACGGGGAGUGGGAAGACAACUCAGCUGACGCAGUACCUUCAUGAGGAUGGCUACACAGACUAUGGCAUGAUUGGCUGCACCCAGCCCCGCAGAGUGGCAGCAAUGUCAGUUGCCAAGCGGGUCAGUGAAGAGAUGGGGGUGCGUCUGGGAGAGGAGGUGGGCUAUGCCAUCCGCUUUGAGGACUGCACGUCCGAGAACACAGUGAUCAAAUACAUGACAGACGGGAUCCUUCUUCGUGAGUCGCUGCGAGAGGCAGACCUGGACAACUACAGUGCUAUCAUCAUGGAUGAGGCACAUGAGCGCUCACUCAAUACUGACGUGCUCUUUGGCCUGCUUCGGGAGGUGGUGGCCCGACGCUCAGAUCUGAAGCUUGUUGUCACCUCAGCCACCAUGGAUGCAGAUAAGUUUGCCUCCUUCUUCGGGAACGUUCCUAUUUUCCACAUUCCUGGGCGCACUUUCCCUGUUGAUAUUCUUUUCAGCAAGACCCCACAAGAGGAUUAUGUGGAGGCUGCAGUGAAACAAGCCCUGCAGGUCCAUUUGUCUGGUGCUCCCGGAGACAUCCUCGUAUUCAUGCCUGGCCAGGAGGACAUAGAGGUGACGUCAGAGCAAAUUGUGGAGCACCUUGAGGAACUGGAGAAGGCUCCUGCUCUUGCUGUACUGCCUAUCUAUUCUCAGCUACCAUCGGACUUGCAGGCCAAGAUCUUCCAGAAGGCUCCUGAUGGGGUCAGGAAGUGCAUUGUUGCCACUAACAUUGCAGAGACCUCACUGACAGUGGAUGGCAUCAUGUUUGUGAUUGACUCUGGCUACUGCAAGUUGAAGGUUUUCAACCCCCGCAUAGGCAUGGAUGCGCUGCAGAUCUACCCCAUCAGUCAAGCCAAUGCCAAUCAGAGGGCAGGCCGAGCUGGCCGAACAGGCCCAGGCCACUGCUUCAGGCUCUACACCCAGAGUGCCUACAAGAAUGAGCUGCUGACAACCACGGUGCCCGAGAUCCAGCGCACCAACCUUGCCAAUGUAGUGCUUCUGCUCAAGUCCCUGGGUGUGCAGGACCUGCUGCAGUUCCACUUCAUGGAUCCACCCCCUGAGGACAACAUGCUGAAUUCCAUGUACCAGCUGUGGAUCCUGGGGGCCCUGGAUAACACAGGUGGCCUGACCUCAACAGGACGUCUCAUGGUGGAGUUCCCACUGGAUCCUGCACUCUCCAAAAUGCUCAUUGUCUCCUGCGACAUGGGUUGCAGCUCUGAGAUCUUGCUCAUUGUCUCCAUGUUGUCUGUGCCUGCCAUCUUUUAUCGGCCUAAGGGCCGAGAGGAGGAGAGUGACCAAGUGCGGGAGAAAUUUGCUGUUCCAGAGAGUGAUCACUUGACUUACCUGAAUGUUUACCUGCAGUGGAAGAACAACAGCUAUUCUACGCUGUGGUGCAAUCAGCACUUCAUCCAUGCCAAGGCCAUGCGGAAAGUGCGGGAGGUGCGUGCCCAGCUCAAGGACAUUAUGGUGCAGCAGCGUAUGAGCCUAGCAUCCUGUGGUACUGACUGGGAUGUUGUCAGGAAGUGCAUCUGUGCUGCCUAUUUCCAUCAAGCUGCGAAGCUAAAGGGCAUUGGGGAGUAUGUGAACAUCCGCACAGGCAUGCCCUGCCACCUGCACCCCACGAGCUCUCUGUUUGGCAUGGGCUACACACCAGACUACAUUGUGUAUCAUGAGCUGGUCAUGACCACCAAGGAAUACAUGCAGUGUGUCACUGCUGUAGAUGGAGAGUGGCUGGCAGAGCUGGGCCCCAUGUUCUACAGUAUCAAACAUGCUGGCAAGUCACGCCAGGAGAACCGCCGCCGUGCCAAGGAGGAAGUGUCUGCCAUGGAGGAAGAGAUGGCUUUGGCUGAGGAGCAGCUGCGUGCCCGCCGGGAGGAGCAGGAGCGCCGCAACCCACUGGGCAGUGCGAGAUCUACUAAAAUCUACACCCCUGGGCGGAAGGAGCAGGGCGAGCCCCUGACGCCACGGCGCACCCCAGCCCGCUUUGGUCUCUAAGAAGGCAGUGCCUGUUGCUUUGAGGCUUAAAGAUUUCCAGGAGCAGCUGAGUUUUAGGAGAGUGCCCAGCUCCUCUGAUCACUGUACUCUGUGAAGCUCUCUACAGCUUGUGGCCCAGGAAGGCUUUUGUACUUGGCACUACUUUUGCUACAGAACAGAAAGAAUUUUAUUUGUUCUAAGGUU